AUAGACGAAACAAAGAAGGCCAAGAGGGGAACAAAAACCAGGAUGACGAGUGACCGUGCACAGACCCUCGGAAACAUCGGCGGAAAACAAACCUUGGUCUCAAAUUCUGAAAUUCCUCUCCGAUAUGUCCGUCUCCAUGUUGAAAGUGUAAGAGAGAUAUUUGAAGUUUGCUUGCGUGCAGCUCUAGGAGGGAUCUGGGCUCCAUAGUGACACAGCUGUUACAGUUUUAAGGGAAUCCCUGUGUUCAGUGCCCAGCACUGACUAUCUUGAAAGGCACAUUAAAGGAAUGUUAAAAUGGCCAACAAGGGGAAACGUUUUCAGCUUCUGUCAAAAGUAUUUGUUCUGCUAAACUUUAUGACACUGCAGGUCCAUACCAUAGAAACAGUGAACCUUGUGGACUUCUGUGGGCAGACCAUCCGGAGGGAUGGGAUGAUCGUCAACUCUCACCGUGAGUCGCGCAAGUACUACUUUGUCACCAUGGGAACGGACUGCCACCUCACCAUGCAGGCCACCUCACCCAAGGACAAAGUGCAGUUCUACUUCCGCUUCUUCCUGGUGUACAGCUUGCUGCGGGUCAACCAGCCCACCACCCAACCACAGCCCAGCCCCAGCAUGGCCCUUCUAACCGCAAACCCCAGCAAGAGGCCUCCCACCUUGCCCACCCCAGCGGAGGAGGCCGCAGACCCAUGUCACCUUGGUUCUUAUGUGCAAUUCUACGACGGGAAAGACAGGAACGCGCAGCCUAUUGGCGCUCCUCUGUGUGGUAAAAGCCUCCCCAGGCCCAUUUUGUCCACCGGGAACUAUCUGACACUCAGGCUUGUGACACGGGGACAGCAACCAAGGGUGGACUUUGUGGGCGAUUUUACAUCAUUUAGACUAGGGUUUAACCAGUCCGAGUGCAGUGGCGAGCCUUAUUUCCCGUGCCACAAUGGGAAAUGCAUACCCAUGAGUCUGGUUUGUGAUGGUAAAGACAUAGAUAACUGUGGAGACGGCAGUGACCAGUCAUCUCUCCUGCCAGCUAAAUGCAAAGGUACCUUCUCCACAGACCCUGAGAAACUUGAUGCAAUGACCAGAACCCCACCCUCUUCCCCUACCAGCCAAACCUGCAGCACCCAGUCUCACGGCAACAUGCCCCAGCCCGAUACCAUCACAGAUAAUAAAAGGCAUGUGUCUCUGCUGGCCCUCUACAUCGCUCUGGGGGUGAUCGGGGGCGGGUUGCUGCUCUUCUGGUGCUGCUGGUCUCCUGGCUGGUUUGUGUGGAGAGUGAGCGCGUGCAGACUCAUGCCAUGCUGUAACUCCUUCUGCGCCUCCUGUCAGCUCUGCACACAAAGCUGCUCACGCAAGGACCACCGCCUGGCCAAAGUAACACCACAGAGCACUGCCACCAUCGCCAUGUAACACCAGCAGGCCUUCUGCAGGGAACAAGAACCAACACAAUGCCUGUACCUCCAGAAGUGUAAUGCAGCAAACACACACUACUGUUUUAUGAAGCAAUACUAAUAAACUGGAAGCUUUGUCCUUCAAAUUGUUAACGAAAUAAACAAUUACAAUUCAAAACUAUUAAAAUUGUAUUGUUCCAAAGAGCUGAGAAGGCUCCUGAAAUGCAAAUGUAAACAGUAACCAGUCUUGAAAUUUCCACUUACACUUGAAGAAGAGUCUGAGGAUUUGAAAUAGUGUUUGUAUACGACACUUAAUCUUCUCUUAAUUUAAUAUUCCAUUUGCUAUACAAGUCUCAAAAAUGUGCAGUUUAGAAAGCAAACACACAUUUUAAUUUUUAAACAUAUAUGUGAUAUCUGUUUGACUAAGCAAACUUUCUUUAACCUAGUGCAGUACCCGAUACAUUUCAAAAAAGCAUGUCUGCUGUUCCGUGUAUUUCAACCUCACAUUUGAGACCUAUAUAUUGAAUAUUUUAUUUAAAUAUGAGGAUUUAACUUGAUCGAAUAUCCCACAUACAAUAGGGAAUUAACUUGGUGCCUUUAUUAACUGUGAACCCCACACUGGAUAAGAGUCAUAUAUGGACAAGCAGGACAACAUGUGAACUUUACACACCAAUCGUAAUGCGUUUUCAUUUGGUGCAUUUCAUGCAAUACUUUCCCAGUGACAUACACACCAAAGGUAUCACUGACGUGAAGCAACAUUCACUAUAACACAUGUGGUAUUUCCUUUUUCUAUAAGCACUUACUAUAGACUGAGGAGUGUCUUUCAGCCAAGCAGAACACUAGUUCUUCCUGCGGACACAUCAUCAACAAACCCCAUUCACGACAUCAACCGUGCUAGACUGACUUUCCACUGUGCAUUAGUCGCAAUACGGCAGCGCUAAAGUCACCUGCUUAAAAACUAAAACUAAACCUUUUGGCACCUUGUUAACUAUAAAGGUCAUUUAAAACAUAACCUUUCUUUAUGGUUAGAAACACUUCUAGUUGUAUUUUGUAAUGCCUAUAUUAACAGUUGUGUACAAUAGAGCUUGAGGACAGUGACCAUCUGUGUGGGUUAUAUCAACUCGCAGCACACAAGCUGAUCUACAUGACAUCAACAUAAGACGUUCGUCUUUGAAGCAUAUGGAUCAUAGUCCAGUCCUUGCUUUUCUAUUCAAUUCAAUGGUGGAAAUGCCUGUUCAUUACACUGGUGCCCUAUAGGAAAGCAUACUGAUUGCCUGUGGUCUAAGCAGGUAAUUCAAUAUCUGUGUUCUUUGCAUUAUUUUAAGCUACAGCAUGCGUGCUGGCUUGUGCGAUGCGAUUCUCAAAAGUCGCUCUGGAUCUUGGGGGACGGCAAGCAUGACACUGAAAUUCCCCGAACCUCGGUGAACAGAACUGUCCUGAAAAAUAAAAGUUUCGGAUUAUGGAAAUCCAGUUUUUUCUGUUGAUUUGAUUUUUUUUUCACUGCACCCUUGUACAGCACCAGUAUGACAGUUUAACGAGUGAGGACCGAGCCUGGGUUAACAGUAUUGUACUGAAAAAUGAAACCAGUUUGAUGGAGUAACGAGGGGGGAAUAUUUGUAAAUGCUCUCAUUCAUACCAGCUAUAUCCUACAGCUUAGAAAUAUCCACACCUAAAAAAGAAUGACACUUCAUUUAACUGGGAAUAUACUUAAAAACAAACAUUUCAAAUGGCUUUCAACUCUUCAACUCGUAUGUAGGGCAUACUGGUAAUGCUGUUUAACACAAGCUGUGAUAAAUAUUAAAAGAUGCUAUUGUUUUAAGGGGGCACUUGUGUUACAAAAACUGAUGCAAAUUAGGAAAAAAUGACCUUCAAAUAAGAAAAAUUGGACAAGUGGGCUUACAUACAUUUCUAAGAUCAUUAGAAUGUAUUCUAAUGUUGUAUUUUACUGUACAUGUCAAUAUUGGCUCUUGAGGUUAGAAACUAAAUAUUGUGUAAUAUUAAAGUACCAGAUUGAUCAUUGCAUUAUUAUUGUGUUGUUGUUUGAAUUGAUUGUGCUGCUAUAAAAUAUUUUCUUUUUAUUAAAAAAAAAGUGCAUUACAAAACUAGUUAUAUUUUGUGGGAGGGAAAAGAGGGGUGAAAUUGAGAAAUAAUCCCAAAUCAUCCAGAACUUUAAAAGUACUAAAAGAAACUUAAAUCCAAAGACAGGUGUCUAACUGUAAUUUGUUUUAUAUGUCCAUUGCCAUCACUUUGGAAUGUUUUAGUUCUCCCAUAGGGAUAGAACUACAACAUAAACGACUGAAUGAAUGUAGUGUGCUGUGUGAUCUUUAAAUUUCAACAAACUUUUAAAAAGUAUAGUAGUUGUGAAUGUCACCAUGUACCAGAAACUGAGUCAUUCUUGUAUGAGAAACAUGUCAUUAUUUUCAGGUAAAUAAAGUUUCUUAGCCACUUAGAACAGUAAUACAUUUGGAACAGACUUCUGCA